UGUUUUUGCAGAGUAUUAAAUGGCUCUUCGGCCUUUUCUGGAAUUCUGAAUUUCUGAGGUUUGAUUGCGUUAUGGUUAGGCUUCUUGGAAUGUUGCUUAGACAGAUAAUUAGAUACUCUUUACUCUUGCAUACUAAAAGAAGUAGUUAAUCCAGUUUCUUCUAAUCUGCGAACUGCGAUCGACUAGGGAGAAAUGGCAGGUCUCAGUUUGCGACUGACGAAAGGCUUGGUUCUUGGUGGUAUGUUUCUAAUAACAUCUAUUUUCUGCCUUCUUCCUGCCUGGCUGAUUUCUAGUGUUCGAAGUCAUCAUUUGGAGAGCGGCCCGCAUUCCCGUCUGUUUCGCUACGGCAUAAGCUUCCUCAACUGUUUCGCCUGUGGUGUUUUCCUGGGCACUUUGUUUCUGGAUUUGCAGCCGGAUGUGAUCGAUGCCUUCAAAGAGCACCUUCCAAAAGUGGGCAUCCACACUGAGUAUCCGCUGGCACAGUUUUGUAUUGUGUUCGGUUUAUUGCUGGUGAUGAUGGUGGAGCGUAUUGUGGUCUCGUGCAAAACAGAGGAUGUGCACAUCUUUCACGGGCAUGAUCAUGGCCCCGGGCGCGGACGAGCGGAUGCGGAAAGACAGGAGGCACGAGAAAGAGGCCGUCUCAGGCAUCGAACCGUCAGCGAAUCGGAGUUGUUGAGGGAGCAAAUUAAUCAGCGAUAUGCCUUGCCAAAUCCCUAUCAUCCUCCUGCACACCAGGAACCACCGAGCAAUGACGACCGCGGUGAUUUCCGUACACGACGCUCAUCGGAAAUCUCUCUGCCGGACGCAGUUGAUAAUGAGCCAGAAAUUUUAUCCUCGGUUGCGUCAUCGCGGUCCUCGUCGCCGACACGCGAAGGUGGUCACGGGCAUUCGCAGGGAUCCGUUGAACCGGCGCUGCGGCUGGUUAAAUCCAAGUCCCAUCAGACGACACACACUGCGCGUUCCUUUAUUCUGCUGGUUGCUCUUAGUCUACAUUCUGUCUUCGAAGGAUUAGCGGUCGGAUUGCAAGGAUCGCGGCAAAAGGUGGUGGAAAUAUUCGGAGCGUUGUUGAUACAUAAAUGCGUGGUGGCCUUCUCCGUCGGGAUGAAUCUAAUGCAGAGUCGGAUGGCGUUUCGGAAUGUUAUCAUGUUGGCGCUGGUGUUUUCUGCUGCCUCACCAUUAGGAAUUGGGAUUGCGAUGGGUAUGGAGAAUUUCAACCAGGAUGGUGCAGCCGGCAUAAUCAGUGCGGUACUGCAAGCGAUGGCCUGUGGUACAUUUUUGUUCAUUACAUUUCUGGAGGUUUUGCCGCAUGAAAUGCUGAAGAAUUCUCAAGACGAAGCCGGUGGUGUGAUGUUACUGAAGAUUCUUUGCAUGGUUAUCGGAUUCUCCGUUAUGGCUGGAUUGAUGUUUAUGGAUGCCUGAUAACCGGAAGCUUUACAGUUUUUGGCUUAUAGUAAGCUGUUAAUGACUAGAUUUGUAUGUAGUUAGGCUUUUUAAGCCAGCGGUGUUUUUAAGUGAUCGUCCAGGUGGUUUUUAUUUCCUUCUCAGUCUGCCAAAUGGAUUGUUAGCCGUAUUAACUCUUUACAGUGACAUGACCUGUUGUUUUGUGAAUCUUUUAGACGUUAUACUCGAUAAAUUUUUCUCGUUAUCCUCCAUUUUGCAAACUUUGUUGUAUAAAAUCCCUGUUUUUGAUUUUUUCAUUGGUAGUGGUUUCUGAAUGUCUUUCAUGUUAUUGUAUUCCUUCUGAUUUUUACGGAGAUGAUUACUGAUUAUGUUGUAAGAUGUGAUCAAGGACGUUGCGGGCUGUGGUGGUUUUUGUACCGCAUGAAAAAUCUAAAUGAAAGAUGGCGCAAAGUAUG